AAACAUGCGGUCGACGGAUGUUUUUAACGUUGUGCCGCUAGACUCCAACAAGAACGCGUUCAGUCUGAACUUAAAUGUUUCAACUCAGCGAUGUUAAGUAUGCCUAUAGUAAAUUAGUGGGAAAACAAAAUAAUAGUAAUAAUAAUCGUUAAUGAGUAAUAAAAGUAAUCUAAACUGCAAGAGAGUGACGCGACGAAACUAAAACGCGAAUUAUAAUCACGGAACGUGUAGUCAGAUUUGUAGAGUCACGCCCCUCGUUCUUGCGUUUAAAAUGAGAAGAAGCGCAACGGAAUAGAACCUGAUAACGCGGGGGGUUUCGAUUUGACUUUCGAUAGGCUUCAAUUGAUAGUUCUGAUCUGAUGCCAGAGAUAUUUUGAGUUUUACAUUAAAAGGUUUUGUGUUCCUCUAAAAUGCCUCCAGAUCCUCUGGUCACUCAUUAACUUUGGCCUGUUAAAUUAGGAUAGUCUGAUCUGAUGCCGAACAGGUCUGUGGAUGGUCAGAUCAUGGAUUCAUCGUCUCGAAUGUUAGAAAACUGGAAAGAAAUAAAUAUUAAAUAUGAUUGGAAUAAAUGGAACGGGACUAUUGGGGACGGGCUGAUGGAUGGAUGUGUGCCGUUCUCUCAUCAGGUGGCGGGACAUAAAUGUGGGAUCAAUAGCACUGGUGUUCUGCAGCAUCCUGAUGGCACAAUACUCAAACAGCUACAACCUCCUCCGAGAGGCCCACGAGAGAUGCUUUUCUACAAGCAGGUAUAUGCUAAAGACUGCACAGAUAAGAGGCUACUAGACUUGCAACAACAUCUACCAAAGUCUUACGGCUCAUGGGCACCACGGGAGUCACCACAUGAGCUGUAUCUGAAGCUGGAGGAUGUGACACGGAGGUUUUUACAGCCCUGCAUCAUGGACGUAAAGAUUGGCAGGAGAAGUUAUGACCCUUUUGCAUCACAAGAGAAGCGUGAACAGCAGAUUAAGAAGUACCCUCUGAUGGAAGAGAUCGGCUUCUUGUUACUGGGCAUGAGGGUGUACCAGAUCAACUCAGACAGUUACAUCACCCAUGAUCAGUCUUAUGGACGCAGUCUUGGAAAGGACACUGUUAAAAACGGCUUGACUAGAUUUUUCCAUAAUGGUCAAGUAUUGCGGAAGGACGCAAUAUCCCAGAUUAUCUCUAAAAUUCAACGCAUUCUCCGCUGGUUCGAGAGCCAAAGGCAGCUGCAUUUCUACGCCAGCUCUCUGCUGUUGGUGUACGAAGGCUCUCCUGACACAGUCAAUGGAAUGAAACACAAGAGAGCUGAGACAGGAAGACAACUUCUGCAGUCUAACGGUCACUUCCCCCAUGAGGCUCUGAGUGUUCAGUGCAGUUUAAUCCAAGUGGGCGGCACAUGCAGUCAACCAUUCUGCAGUGAUCUUCCCCACAAUAUCCAGCAUGACAGGACCAUGAACGGUGUGAGUGGAGCGAGAGUAGAGGAGGAAAUCAUAAAGGAAGAAGAAGCAGUGGAGGUGAAGAUGAUCGAUUUUGCUCAUGUGUUUCCUAGUGACAGUCCAGAUGAGGGCUACAUGUACGGACUGAGAAAUCUUCUCACAACCUUAGAACAGAUAUUAAAGGACUGAGAUCAGUGGCAUCUCUCUCUCUCUCUCUCUCUCUCUCUCUUUGAUCUGAUAUGAUCAGCCCUGCCCAUAUGUGAUCAUCCCAUAUUUUAGACAUGGAAAACAGUUUUAAUAGUAAUUUCCCAUGUCCUUAUCACUUCGCAAAACGGGUCUGAAGGGGUUAAAGAGGUUACUUUUUUUUUUCAAUUGUUCUAAGUCCAGUGCAACAUCAUCUCACACACAUACACAAACCUUAUUGAUAUCUUAAUUUAAAAAGGUGAAUGUGUUUGGACAUUUAAACCAUUUUUAUCAAUGCUGUCAAAUAUAUAAACAUUUUUCCCCAAAAUAAAUAGUUGAAAUAAUGCAUGUUAAAAGCACGUUAACAGAAAAUGUUGAUGGAAUUCUUAAUGUACCACUGAAUAAAACAGUACGAGCAACAGGCAGUCAUUAUUAUUUCAGCUUUGGAUAACAGGAUUGCAGACUUCUGCUCCUUUAUUAAAGAUUUGAUUCAUAUGAUAUUGAAUGUGCAGAAUUUGAAAUGAUGAGAUUUAUAAAGAAACCGGACAUGUUUCAGAUGUCAAAGAUUUCAUGCUGCUUUAUUCUUGAGAAGAUUUUUUGUUAAGAUCCAGUUAAGUUGGAUCUUUCUAAUAGCAAACUAUUUUUCAUCUUAAACCCCUUUUCUCCCCCCAAUGACCCAAAUCUCAGAACUUCUGCUAAUGCGUGUUUUAGAUAAAAUGAAAAGUCAAUGUCUAAUGGAAUAAAAAUGUCUGUACAGCAUAAAUUGUACUUAAUGCAUUCUACUGACUGAAACUAUAUUUUUCUCUUGUGGUUCCAAUGCAUAGCUUUUAAAUAGAUUUUGUCCAUAAUGUAUUUGAAUGUAUUUUGUCCAUAAAUGUAUCCUCACAUUUUAAAGUUCCACCUGGACUGAUGUACACUUUGGCCUCCUUAAUGCAUCUUAUGGGUGCUGUGGGAUUGUAUUGCUUUCUCGUAAAUGUAUAUUAUUUAAAUAAAACAUAUCUCUCACUGAAAAAGAUAAAAAUGAGACAUCCAAAAUUGCUAUUAUAAUUAGUGAGUGAAUAAAAGCCAUAAACUAGUUCACUUGUUCAUUGCACUGCAUGCUAAUCUAAAAGCUUUAGUAAUUGAACCAAAUAUUCAAUUAUGUCUAUGUCAGAAUGAAAUUGACAUGCUUUAGACCCAAAGUCAUGGAUUUCUGCAUUCAUUAGUAACAUUGCCAAAGUAAUUCAAUAUACAACAACUCAAAGAGAAAGAGAGAGUGAGAGCAAAUGGGAUAGAAAAAGAGAAACAUUUUAUGCUCUUGGGCUCUUUUAAUGGCCUUCCAAUUUUAAAGUGUUUGAAA